CCCCGCAGUCGGGCUCACCCCGCCGCUCUGCCCUCAGUACCGCUUCGGCCGCUGUGCCGCCUGGCUUUCGUAUUCCUUGUUCUCGGCGGGCUGUGGGGGCUCGGCGCCGCGGCCGUUAGUCAUGUCGGAUUCUGGAAGUUACGGUCAGUCUGGGGGUGAGCAGCAAAGUUAUUCUUCCUAUGGAAAUCAAGGCAAUCAAGGUUAUGGACAAGCACCACAAAGCUAUUCUGGUUAUGGGCAAACUACUGAUUCCUCAUACGGACAGAACUAUGGCGGCUACUCCAAUUAUGGACAAAGCCAAUCAGGUUACUCACAAUCCUACGGUGGUUAUGAAAAUCAAAAACAGAGCUCAUAUGGCCAGCAAUCUUAUAAUAACCAGGGACAGCAAAACACGGAAUCAUCAGGAGGCCAAAGUGGAAGAGCGCCUUCAUAUGACCAGUCAAACUAUGGUCAACAAGAUUCGUAUGGCCAGCAGUCAGGCUAUGAUCAUCAUCAAGGUUCAUAUGAUGAGCAGUCAAAUUAUGACCAGCAGCAUGAUUCCUAUAAUCAAAACCAGCAGUCCUACCAUUCACAAAGGGAAAAUUACAGCCACCACACACAAGAUGACCGUCGUGAUGUGAGUAGGUAUGGAGAAGAUAAUAGAGGAUAUGGCGGGUCACAGGGAGGAGGUAGAGGGCGUGGGGGAUAUGACAAGGAUGGAAGAGGUCCUAUGACAGGAUCAAGUGGUGGUGACCGCGGUGGCUUCAAAAAUUUUGGUGGUCACAGGGAUUAUGGACCCAGGCCAGAUGCUGAUUCAGAAUCUGAUAAUUCAGAUAACAACACAAUCUUUGUGCAAGGACUUGGGGAGGGUGUGUCUACAGAUCAAGUGGGGGAGUUCUUUAAACAGAUAGGAAUUAUCAAGACCAAUAAGAAGACUGGAAAACCAAUGAUAAAUCUGUAUACAGACAAGGACACAGGGAAGCCAAAAGGGGAGGCGACAGUGUCAUUUGAUGACCCUCCUUCAGCUAAGGCAGCCAUUGACUGGUUUGAUGGGAAAGAAUUUCAUGGCAACAUCAUUAAAGUGUCCUUUGCUACCAGAAGACCUGAAUUUAUGAGGGGAGGUGGAAGUGGAGGUGGACGGCGAGGCCGUGGAGGAUAUAGAGGCCGUGGAGGCUUUCAGGGGAGAGGUGGAGACCCCAAAAGUGGGGACUGGGUUUGCCCUAAUCCGUCAUGUGGAAAUAUGAACUUUGCUCGAAGGAACUCCUGCAAUCAGUGCAAUGAGCCCAGACCAGAGGACUCUCGUCCCUCAGGAGGAGAUUUCCGGGGAAGAGGCUACGGUGGAGAGAGGGGCUAUAGAGGUCGUGGGGGCAGAGGUGGAGACCGUGGUGGCUAUGGUGGAGACAGAAGUGGGGGUGGCUAUGGAGGAGACAGAAGUGGGGGUGGCUAUGGAGGAGAUAGAAGUGGGGGUAGUUAUGGUGGGGACAGAGGAGGUGGCUAUGAUCGAGGCGGCUAUGGAGGAGACCGAGGCGGCUAUGGAGGAGAUCGAGGCGGCUACGGUGGGGACCGAGGCGGCUACGGUGGUGACCGUGGAGGCUACGGUGGGGACCGAGGAGGCUAUGGUGGGGACCGAGGAGGCUAUGGUGGAGACCGAAGUGGGGGGGGCUACGGAGGAGACCGUGGUUGUGGCGGUGGCUAUGGUGGAGACCGAAGUGGAGGCUAUGGAGGAGAUCGGAGUGGUGGCAGCUACUAUGGAGGACGAGGUGGCUAUGGAGGCAAAAUGGGAGGAAGAAACGACUACAGAAAUGAUCAGCGCAACCGACCAUACUGAUGACUGUUUUGAAUGUUCCUUUGUCUCUGACAUGAUCCAUAGUGAAAUUGCCAGAGUUUUGCCUGCUGCUUUCCUGGUGGCCUCUUCUUGGGUAGUGAAAUUAAGUGACAUUUAGAAUUUUAUUUGGGUGGUAGGGCUGGGACAGUUUUUCUUUAGUAAUGUCUGUUGGAAUUUUCCCCUUUAGUUUCCAACUUUCCCCUUCCCAACCCUUGAAGCUAAGUGCGUUGUAAAAUAUUGCCAAAAUGGAAAGUGUUUUAUAAUACUGCAAUAAAGGCUUCUUGUUUUGUGGA